AGGCACGCCAAUCUCUCUGGACUACGCCAUGGCGAGCGUGGUCAAAAGGCUCGGUCUGAAGACUUUCUUCUCCCAGGGAACAAGAAAAGCUUCCCAGCCGAUCGAGUUCUGAAUUCACAAAUUGUCGUCUGGAAAAGUAUAGACGUAGGUGUCUGGAUUAACAAAUCUUUGCAAAAGCGUGGAAAUUCAAGUCUUCUUGAUUGGCGGGACAUAGAGACUUCAUCUUAG